AUGACACCUUCACUCAAAUGGAUUCCACUCGAAUCGAAUCCCGAUGUAAUAAGCAAUUUAAUGCUGAAAUUUGGCGUGGAAAAAGAUGUAAUUUGUGUUGACGUCUAUGGAUUCGAUAAAGAACUCUUAGAUAUGCUACCAAAGCCGUGUUACGCACUGAUACUUUGCUUUCCUGAAUGCCAAAAGGUCAAAGAAAUGAUGGCUGCAGUUUACGACGAUCAUGUCAAAUCUAAUGGAAGCAUACCGGAAAAUGUUUUCUUCAUGAAGCAAAAAAUAUCGAAUGCGUGUGGAACAUUCGCUCUUAUACAUGCGCUUGCGAAUAAUAAAAAUAAAAUUGAUUUGGGAAAUGGACCGUUCAAAAAGUGGUUAGAAAAAGCUGAUAGACUUGAAGCCGACUUAAGAUCGGAUUCACUUCAGGAAAACGCGGAAUUAGCUGAAGCACACGAAGUUUGUGCUGUAUCGGGUGAGACGAACUCAGAAGUUGAGGAAGUUGAGCAUCAUUUCAUUUCAUAUGUUAACUGCGAUGGAAUUCUUUAUGAAAUGGAUUCGAGCAGAGAUUUUCCUCGAGCAUGUGGACCAACCAAUGAGGAGAAUUUCUUGCAAGAUGCUGGUAAAGUCUGCAAGGAGCUUAUGUUAAUGAUGGACAGUAUUUCGUUCAGUGCGCUUGCAAUCGUUCGGAAAUGUUGA